UGUUUUAUAAAUUUGUGGGAGUUUACUAAAUACUUUGUUGUUGUGUUUUAAAAAUUUGUUGACACUGUCAAGUUAAAAGUAAUUUGGGAAAAUAUCGUUAUAAUACAAUGGAGAAAUUGAAUGGAAAAAAUCAAGUUGAUUUCAUUUAUAAUUAUAAGAAUUAUAAUGACGAAGACAGUUCUGUAAGAAUAGGUAUCGAGCUGCCCUUUGAUGCGGAGAAUGAAUGCCUCGACGAAUUAGUUACACGUCUUUUAAAUGACAUGGACCCAAUGCAGCGUUAUCUGGAUGAAAAUAUAUUAGCACUGAAAGCUGCUCUACGCCAGUUUAUUCAAGAGGAAAAUCAAAAAUUCCUGGAUAACUUCGCAGAACAACUAUUGGAACAAGCGCGUCAAAAUGAAUUUGAUUUGGAAGCGGUGAUUCGAAAAACUGAGCGACACUAUAAAGAUGAGAUAAUACAAUUUGCUGAUCGCGUUGGACCAAGUGAUGAAGAUAUAUUUGCACAAAGUUUUCAUCGAUUAGUGCACUCAUCUUCUUUGGAGGAAAUACUAAAACGGGAAGGAGCGUAUGCAAAAGUUAUAUCAGAUAUAACUACUCAAAUGGAUCGAGAAGUGGAGACUUUAAACUCAGCACAACAACAAGAGAUGGAUUCAAAAAUUAAACAAUUGGAUAUAACAACUACACCGGAUGAUAUUAAUAAUCUGUUGGCUCAGCAAUAUAGCACACAAAAUUAUAUACGCCAACGUUAUGAAUCCGAAUUGCAAGCAAAGCGCGGACAUCAACGUAAUGAAUAUCGCAAUUGGAUUACCAGUCAGGUUGGCAAAAUUUUUGAAAGCUCUCCCGCGACCACGCCCCUCGGCAAUCGUUCAUCUAUGUUUAUAUCCCAGCAACCAUCAAUGGAGGAGAGUUUCACUAUACAUUUGGGUUCGCAACUCAAACACAUGCAUAAUAUACGCAUUUUAAGUGCAGAUGUAACCGAUCUCUGUAGUCCCCUGCACGUGGACGAAAGUUUGAAUGGGCUAAAUAUGGCGUUGGGUCUAUAUUCGAGCUCUUUAUGCGGCGUAGUUGUACUCACGCCGUCCAUACAGGCACAAGCUAACAAGAGUAUUAUUAAAAAUGCAAAUAUGUCAACGGAAUUUCACUUUGAUCAGAUUGAUGACCAGCUGGAGAAGAUUGAGAAACAAAUAUUUACGCUCAGCGUUAAUGACUCACCGACGCCAAGUAUGCAAAGUUAUAAUAGUGCAACAAAUGGUAGUGGUGUUGGUGAUAUAUCAAUGCCAAAUAAUAAUGGUAGUGGAACCAGCAGCUCAGGUGGCUCACCUACCAAGACAGCCACAACGAAAUUAAAGACUGGUGAUUUUUUUAUAACCAAACACUCGAAUCUCUCACAAUCGCACGUUAUUUUUCACCUCAUUUCUGAUGAACCCAUUAAUAGUCCCAGUGAGAUUAAUUCCCGUCAUCCGGUCAUACUGGGUUUGCGGAAUAUUUUGAAAACAGCAAGUCGCCAUGAUGUUACAACACUUACAAUACCCGCAUUGCUACGUCAUGAAAUGUCCGAGGACAUGACGGUGCAAUGGUGUAUGCGGCGUGCUGAGUUGGUUUUUAAAUGCGCCAAGGGGUUUAUGAUUGAAUCGGCAUCGUGGGGUGGCGCGGAAUUGAGCACAUUACAAUUGCUAUUGCCACAUGAUAUCUCAGAGGAACUAUUUACAACAUUAGCAGGCAUGGUGCCGAAUGUAUUUCGCGUUGCCAAUCCUAAGAUACUCGUUGAUAGUAAUAAGUGAAAUGUAUAGGUUUACCAGGAACGUAAUCUUCUUGUUGAGUCAAAAUAAAAAUGUAUUGUUAUUCUCAAAAAAAUUCCAU